AACCUCAAUCUCUCCUUAAAUCAAACGUCAAAACCAUGCCUCCGAAUGAGAAAAAGGCAACCCAAGUCUCCAAGAAGAGCAAUUUAGAGGGUAGGAUGAAGGAGGUGCAUUACAGAGGCGUACGGAAGAGGCCGUGGGGGCGGUACGCGGCGGAGAUCAGAGAUCCAGGUAAGAAAACCCGGGUCUGGCUUGGCACGUUUGAUACUGCUGAAGAAGCUGCGAAAGCGUACGACAAGGCGGCGCGUGAGUUUCGUGGGUGUAAGGCGAAGACCAAUUUUCCUUCUCUGGAUGAGGCGAAACAGAGUCCCAGCCAGAGUAGCACUGUGGAGGAAUCCUCCAGCCCGCCGGUGGAGCGUGAGGUUGUACGUGGGGGUGGGGUGGUUGGGAGGUUCCCGUUUGCUUGUCAGCAGCAGGAGCAGCAUAUGGUGGCGCUUGGGGGUGGUGCGGUGGAAGGCAUGAGCCACGCGCAGCCGGUUUUGUUUUUCAAUGCGUUGGGUAGGACCGAGGUUAUGCGUCAGGUGUAUCCCGUCCGGUUUGGGCCGGUCGGAGUUGAAUUGAGUUUGAGGUUUGGUGGAGUCCAGAGUGAGGCGGACUCCUCGUCCGUCGUCAAGUGCAAGCCGGCCAGAAGUCUCGAUCUUGAUCUCAAUCUCCCCGCUCCGGUGGAUGCUUAGUUGCUAAUUUUAUUAGGCGCUUUAACCUUUGCGGCCAAAUUUUAAAUAUUUUUCACUUUAAUUUCCACCCGUUAGAGGUUGAAGGGAAAAAAAAAAGCAAGAAAAAAGUGCAAAAACUGUUUAGGAUUUUGCUUAUUCUCUAAUGUAUAUACCUAAUUUAGGACAGUAAUCCGUUGCAUUUUUUUUUUCAACCGAGAAACGAAUUAUUGUAGUAACUCUAAUAUAUGAUUUCACAUUCUUGUUAUUGUGAAAAUUUUAUGGAGAUCAAAAUUUGAAAUUGUCAAAAUUAGAACCAAGCCUAUCAGGUAAUAACUAGUUUCUCUUUCUUUUUUUUUUUCUAUUUAUUUACUAGUCAAAAUGUACAAGGAUUUAUAACUUCAUGUAUACAAUCAUGACUAUAACUAAGGGAGUUCUGUACACAAAAAUUUCUAAGUCGACAUAGGUGACUAGCAGCCUAGCUACAAAAACCUAAGUCCAAAUAAUGCCUAGCCGUCUAGCUCGUCGCUCCUCUGGGCUCCCCAUGCGUCGGGUCUCACUACCUGAAAUGAUGGACAAGGAAAAUCGUGAGAUAAAAUAUCUCAAUAAGUAAAUAUGGAUGCC